AUGGCGUUCGGGCUCUAUGCGCUGCUGGAAGCCAGUGUCCUUGUGCUAAAUGCAGUCUGUAUCCUUAAUGAGCAGCGAUUCCUUGCCAAGUAUGGUUGGGGACCCGAUGCGUACCAGUUUGGGAGUGAUGUCUCAACCAAGUCGCGCUUGUUGACGUUCAUCACGUCAGUACGAACUGUCAUGCAGAUCCCUCUUAUAGGUGUAAAUACUCUACUGAUCAUUUUCAAACUUAUCAUGGGCUAA